CUCCAGACGUCCCUCAACCUUCCUCCUCUGAUGGAGUCAGAACCAGCUUCCUGAUCGAUCUUUGUGAUUCUUUUCCAGAUGGAUGAACUAUACUUGACCUUUCACUUCUCAUCUCUCAUGGUGUUGGUGUUCCACGUCUGUGAAGGUCAGUCUGAACUGAUCGGUUCAUCUCAGCCAAUAGUAGCGACUCUUGGUGAAGAUGUGGUUUUACCAUGUUACCUGCAGCCUGCUGAAGACGUCACUGACUGGACGUUGGAGUGGGCGAGACCUGAUCUGGAGCCCAGAUUUGUUCACGUUUGGCGUUCCCAACAGGAACUUGUUGGUCAAAACCAUGAUUUGUUCACAGGGAGAACAUCUCUGUUCAUUGAUGAGCUGACGAAAGGAAACAUUUCACUGAAACUCUCCAAAGUGAAACUCGCUGAUGAGGGAAAAUACAAAUGUUUUAUUCCAUCACUGGAAAAGGAGACUUUUGUCCAGCUACAUGUUGCUCCUGUCUCCUCACCCGUCAUCAGUUUAUCAGGGAUGGACAGAGACAGAGGAGGAGUGGUGUUACAGUGUGAAUCCAGAGGCUGGUAUCCAGAGCCUGAGGUGUUGUGGCUGGACGCUGAGGGAAACCUGCUCUCUGCUGGACCUCCAGAGACAGUCAGAGGUCCUGAUGACCUCUAUACUGUCAGCAGCCGAGUGACUGUGGACAAGAGACACAACAACAGCUUCACCUGUAGAGUCCAACAGAACGACACCCACCAGACUAGAGAGGCUCACAUACAUGACUGA